AUGUCAAAUUUAAUUAAUCACGUGAUUAAAAGAACAAUGUCAUCAGGUUCAGUCAUCAACCAUGUCACCAUAAUUGGUGCCGGUUUGAUGGGCUCUGGAAUCGCUCAGGUUGCUGCUACGUCAGGUCACAGGGUUACAAUGGUAGAAUUGGAUGAGAAAUUGCUUGAUAAGGCUAGAAAGGGAAUUGAAAAGAGUUUGGAACGUGUCGGAAAGAAGCAGUUCAAAGAUGAAGAAUCAAAGAUUACGGGAUUUGUAAAGGAAUCAAUGAAUAGGAUUAGCGGAUCCACAGAUUUAUCUACCGUCGUUAAAGAUACCGAUAUCGUCAUUGAGGCUAUUGUUGAAAAUUUGGAAGUUAAACAGAAAUUAUUUUCAUCAAUUGAUUCUGUCGCGAAACCAUCGACAAUAUUUGCCAGUAACACCUCAUCAAUUCCAAUCAAUGAAAUUGCCAAAGGUACACAACGUCUAGAUCGUUUCUGCGGUCUUCACUUCUUCAAUCCAGUUCCAGUUAUGAAGCUCCUAGAAGUUGUCAGAACUCCUGAAACAAGCGAUGCUACUUACACAACAGCUAUGGACUUUGGAAAGAAGCUUGGCAAGACUUGUAUUACAUGCAAAGAUACUCCUGGAUUUGUUGUUAAUAGAUUACUUGUACCUUAUAUGGCUGAAGCUGUUCGUAUGUUAGAACGUGGGGAUGCAACAGCAAGAGAUAUUGACAUUGCAAUGAAACUUGGAGCUGGAUAUCCAAUGGGACCGUUUGAAUUGAGUGAUUACGUUGGAAUCGACACAACACAAAAGAUUAUGGGAAUUUGGCAUAAAAUAUAUCCAGAUAAUCCACUCUUUGAACCAAUUCCAAUGCUUAACAAGUUGGUUGAAGAAGGAAAGUUUGGCAUGAAAUCCGGAGAAGGAUUCUAUUCAUAUAAGAAAUAA